AUGAAACUUAAAUUUUGGAAAAAACCUAUCAGCGACAACGACAGUUUUGAGCUGUUCCUAUUUUUCAUUGGCAAUGGAGGAUCACUUCAUAUCAUUGCAGAUUGGAAUCUUACUUCACAAGCUUGGGCAGAGUAUGGCAAAAUGGAGAAACGGGCUAGGCAGCUAGACUUCAUGUUCAACAACAAAGAAGCCAAAACAAAUAUUUGGUUUUAUUUUGAUAUGUACCAUUUGAAUUGGAGAUUUCUUGAUGGUGCUAAAAGACAAUACAAAGUGAACAACUCGGCAAAUAAUUGUUAA